CCCCCAUUUCCCGGGAAGCCGGGCCGCCGGUGAGGAUCCCUCUUUCUCCUUCGGCAGACGUUCCCUUUCCAUAGAGGAGGCGAAGAAGGCCGAGGAUGGACCUGGAUGGGCCGGACGCCGCCCGCCAGGACGCAGAGCUGGAGCACAGCCGCUACCUGAGCCGCCGGGCUGUGGCCCAGGAGCAGCUGGCGCAAAUAAAGGAGCACAAGGAUCAAGUGGAUCUGGCCAAGGUGGAAAAAAGAAGAGAAGGGGAACAAAUACAGCGAUCAAACCAAUUAUACCAACUGGAAAUUCAGAGAGAAAAAGAAAAGGAACAGGAGAAAAAAGCUGAAUUCCAGAGGCAGCAUCAUGAAUACGUAGCUGAACAGAAAAUAUUUAAAGCUGAAGAGAAAGAUAAAGAAGACAAAGAUGAUGAUCGGAUUAAGGCUUAUAUUAAAGGAAAAGAAAUGAUGGCUGAUCUGACAAGAGAAAAAUAUGCAGAGACUAACAGGAUGAUACAGAAGCAUAAGGACAAAGCUUUUGACCAAUUAACUGCACAGAUGAAUGAGACACUUAAGAUUGAAGAUGAUCGUCUUGCUAGAGGAGCUGCAGAGGCAGAAGUCGAGUAUCAAAUGCAAACUAAAGAGAAAGAAAGUAAAAAAAAGGCUGCCAUUGAAUCUAUUGAAGAACACAGACUCACUGUGAUGAAGUUGAAAGAGGAAAAGGAGAGACAGGAGAAAGAAGAGGAUGAGAAGGAUCGUAAUCAGUGGAUGACAGAAAAUGGCACCUACCUGGAAAUGGAAAAAGCCAAGAAACAAAGACAGCGUGAUGCAAACAUGGAAGUACAGAAAAUUCAACUCCAGCAAAUGGCUGAAAAGCAGGCAAGAAAAGAGCAGGAAAAGCAAGCAGACUUGGACUAUGAUGCUCAGAGAGAGGCUGCUUUUCAUCAGGAUCGAGCAUUUCGGAGAUAAAGACAUGCUCAUUUUAUUACAUGAAGAUUUUUUUCAGCAAACAGAAAGAAUGGAAACUUUUAUAAAAGCCUUUUGAUGGCAGAAGCUGGAGCCUUAAGAAGUACUGACUACAGCAGGAGUGGUGCUGAAACCUGCAGAGCUCGAUAAUGCUCCAAAUGCAUCCCUAAGUGCAAAUUUGCACAUGCUCACUACUAUGCAAUUGGUGAGUUAAGUGGGUUUUUAGUCUACCUCCUCAGCAGCAAGAAACAAGUUGGAUUGCAACCUCAUUUCCUACUCAGCUUCCAGGAAUGUGCUGUUCUGCAGAUUAUGUAUGUCUGCAUUUGAAGUCUACAGCCUGCUUCCAUCAGUUUAUACUCCUUUUACUUUGAACAUCUAGAGAAAAUCCAUCAAACUCCAGUACCAAAAAACAACUUUUCACCUAGAAUAAAGUGGGAAUCCCACAUAAUUUUAGAGCAUGUUGGCUAAAUAAAGAUUUAGUUAGCCAAAUUCAGCAUGAAAAAAAUUCAGCACCAAUCAUGAUCUCAAUUUAUUCUAUUGACUCUGAGAUGCACAUGCUUUGUAUGCUUGUUUUAAAUAACUGAUUCUAGUUAGUAAUUUUCUGUAAAACCUCUAUAAAGCAUAGUAUGAUGACACUAGAUCAGAAUGGCCAGAGGUGGUGGAAUGUCACUGGUAAAAGGUCUCCUGUGUAAAGCAGGAGGCUGGUCUAGCAGCUCACCAGAGUCCUUUUCAGCUGCCAUUUAAAGAUGGUAACAAAAUAGAGGGAGAUGAACUGCAGCUGAUAAAAGGGAAAUUCUUGAACUGGAAGAAUCUACUGAUUGAGAGGUACCUCUAAUUUAAUGCCUAGAGCAUGCUCUUGUAUUAGUUAUUAGCUGGAGUCACCAUUCCUGCAGGUAUUUAGAUGUGUAGAUGGUGCUUAGGGACAUGCAUUAGCUAGUGUUGGACUUCAGUACUAGGUUAACAGCUGGACUUGAUCUUAAAGGUCUCAUCUAAAUGAUUAUAUAAAGUUUUAAUUAAUAGCUAGCAAAUCAGAAAAUGCAUUGAAAAAUAAUUUGACUAGUAAACUUCAAUUACUGGUUUUGCUCAAAAAAGCAUCCACUCAGAUAUUGUUCUGCUUCAGGACAUUGCAGCAGAUAAGAGUCCUAAUACCUAAUAGGUAUUAGCCUUAUUUGAAGACCAAGACCUUAGAAAUAAAAGGCAAUCCUCAGAGGGACUGAAACAAAGACCUUAAAUCAAACUGCAUUUUUUCCACACCUGUGAUCCAACUCUGUAAGUAAAAUAGCAACUUUAGUUUGAACAUGUGGGCCUCUAGUGUCUAACCUGGUACUCUCCCAACAGUAUUUCAACUCAUACCUGUGUGGCAGUACACACGUAAGAGAGUACUCUUUUCAUGGAUCUAAUUCAACUCCCACCUAGGAAAUGGAAGAGAACAGCACUCUAAAAUGCCUUAUAUCCCAAGGGAAUUUGAAUAAACUGCAGCUCUUUAAUGCUAGGUAAUAUUCCAGGUUGGAGUUACUAGAUCUGUGCAAAUCUUUUAGCAUGACAGUCUUUGCUACCAAUUAGCUCUGAGGAGGUUUGAAGAGGAUACAUACCUGGAAACAAAUUGUUCAUGAACAGAACAGCUGGCACCAUGGGACUACUAAGGAUGUACAUUUUCACAUCCCAAUACAAACUUGCUCUAUGCUUCUGAAAAAGAAAAAAAAAUAUUUUCAAAGUUUCCUUGUCAUGUUAGGUCAAAUAAGUUUACUCUGUUUCAACAGCUAAAUUCUUCCAAAUGUCUGUUAUUAACUUAGGCCUUCCUGUUAUCUCUUGAAUGGAAGAGUGCUGUAACUAGUCUGUAAUGUUCCUCCUUGUUCUGGCAGUGUAUCCUUGUUUCUGAUACUGAUCUUCAUUCCUGUUCUGGCAGUGUAUUUUUGAGAGACAAAAAUUCACUAUAAAUAGCAUGCAAAAAUCCCCAUAAUCAGUGAAGGCCAAGACUGUAGAAGGAGGUGAAGGCGAGAGAUUUGAGAAGACCAUAUGAGAGGUCUUAUUUGGAACUAUCUUAAUUUCUGUUUAGAGUAAGUUGUGGUAUAGGCUUUGUUAAUCUUGUAAUGUGUGAAGUCAUUGCUUUCACACUACUGCACUACCACCACUUUAACCUAAGCUUCUUUUUGUUUUGGUAUAUCCUGACUUUGAUAUUACUAUGUAUUUAAGUGAAUAAUGAAUGAUUCAAAUCUGUCCUCCGAUCUGGUAAACCAAUCUCUAGUAAGCAGUCUUAAGGCAGAGCUGUUUGUAGCUUGUUGACACUGUCUUGCUUGUUGACCAGCAUGGCACUUUGUUUUUCUAUGGAUUGCCUCAACUCCAAUACAUUAUCCAGAGAAAUUAACAAUUCUGUUGGGUACUGAAGGGCUUGAACAUCAGUACUGCAGGUCCAGGAAAAUUCAACACUGCGUAUCUGUUAAUAUAACAAUUGCACCCCCCCUUUCCCAGUGAGUAGCAUCUGGUCUGAUUCCUUUUCUGUAUAAAAGGAAAAUAAGCAAAGGUUAGACAGAAAAAGCAGCACGUACUGAAAAGAAGUGUGUGUUACUGAGCAGACCAAGAAAAAUUCAACAACUGACACAGUGGACAAGGGAAAAGUUUGGAACUAUCUUUGGUAAAGCUUAUAAGUAUUUCUGCAUUAGUUUCAGCUACAAUUAGUGCAUAUACAAUUAAUAGAAGCUACUAAUUAUACACUUAAACUGUUUCUUUUUUCUUUAUAAAUACAUUUGACCA